AUGUGUAUAGAUCUCAAAAUCCAAAGCCAAGCCAACAAGAGCAAAGCCAAGUACGAAAUAGGAAAUUUCUGUACCCAAUACGGCCUACCUUCAGUCACCCCCAAAAGGAAAUCCAAACACAGAGGAGAAGAACCCUCUGAGAAAUCCUAUAGGGAGAAAACAGCCUCCAAGUACUAUAGAAAACAAAAACUCAAAAAUGAUGAUUUCUAUAAGAAAGGAAAAUCCAAGUCUACAGGAAAAUUCAUACCUAAAACAUCAGGAAAAUGUUUUAAGUGUGGAAAGAAAGGCCAUUUCCAGAAAGAGUGUAAAGCUAAGGCCAAAUCCCUUAUCAACACCCUCAUUAGUGACCAAACCAGUAAGGAAGAAAUCUUCAAACUCUUAGAACUUGACCACCUAAAAAGUGAGUCCAAUGGAGAAGAGAUACACCAGCUGUAUAGAUCAUCCUCUGAAACCUCUAGAGUAUCUUCUAGCUCCUCUAGUGGCACAGAUGAAAUAUUAACUUGCCAAGAUAGUUGUUGCAGAAACAAGACUAUCAGUGUUCUUUCCAAGCAAGAAGAACUGCUCUUAGAUCUCAUAGAACAUAUCGAAGACCCAGUUGAAAAAGCUCAAAGACUCAGUGAGUUCCACAAAACCUAG